UCCGCCUACAAUUAAAAUGAAUAAUAAUAAGGUAAAAGUAAAUAAGACCUUAAAAUAUCUUGGAGUGGUUCUUGACCAUCGACUCAGUUGGAAACAACACAUAGAAUAUGUUACCAAUAGAACAGGUCUAAUAAUACAAUCCUUCGCCCAAGUGGCCAAACGGGACUGGGGCCUCUCCACUGGUGCGAUGUCUAUAAUUUAUGACAGUAUUUACUUACCCAUAAUAUCCUACGCUAGUAAUACAUGGAGCCGGGCGGCAGAAAGGGUUCAUAUAAAAAGAAAAUUAAUAUCCUCGCAACGAAGAGCCCUAAUGCUAAUAACUAAAGCUUACCGUACGGCUAGUAAUACAAGCCUACAGGUCAUAGCCAGGAAACCACCGCUGGAUCUAUACAUAAAACAAAAGAGUAAAAUACAGCAGGCAAAAAAGGGAGAAAGCAUACAAGUUGAUACUUUAAGUAUCCAGCAUAAUGAUGUAGAGUGGCCUUAUUCUUUUCGGGAAACCAAUAAUUACAUUAUCUCAUUAGAGCACGAUAACUUUGAUACACAUAACCAGGAUAUGGAUAUAUAUACAGACGGAUCAAGACACGACGGCAAGGUUGGCUCUUCUUUUGUUGUUUUUAUCAAUAAGAUGGAAGUACAUAGUCAAGCUAUAAGAUUACACGAAAGAUGUACUAUCUUUCAAGCUGAACUCUACGCUAUUAAAAAGGCAAUUGCAUGGACUAUGCAAACUCAGAAUAAUAUUGCAAUAAACAUCUACACAGAUUCACGUUCUGCAUACAAUAUUAUAUAUAGCAAUAUAUUACACCCUUUAGCGGAGGAUAUAAGAAACUCAAUACGCCUUGCUACGUGCAAUAUUAAAAUCUACUGGAUCAAGGCACAUCAGGGAGUCUAUGGCAACGAAAGAGCCGAUACUUUGGCUAAGUAUGCUGCUGACAAUACAAUUUUACCAAUAGAAUACGAUAAGCUAAGUGUUAACACCCUGAAAAGAUUAAUUUGGGAAGAGACGAUACAGCUAUGGCAGCAAGAAUGGAAUCAAAACAGUUCCCACAUCACGUAUAAAUUUAUCCCUGAUCUGAAAUACUUCUAUUCUAUUAAAUAUUUUCUACCUAAUCAUAUUACUACUCAAAUAUUCACCGGUCAUGGAAAGUAUGCCUCAUAUCUAACUCGUUUUACAACCAGAAAUGAUGAUAACUGCCCUACAUGUCGCAUAACUGAUGGCCCAGAACAUUAUUUCUAUGACUGCAUUAUGUUCUGCAAAGAGAGGCUGGAAUUGCAGUUAAUUCUGGAAGAAUACGGCAUACAAUGGCCAUGUAAACUUUGUGACAUAUGGGUUAACAAAAAUGUCUACAAUGCUUUUAUUAAGCUUGCUGAGAGCAUUUAUACAAUCACCAAUCAGAUAAUUUAUAAUUAAAGUUUUUGACUUCAUUUGUAUCAGCUGAAUUCAAAUCUUUAAUACUUAUUUAAUAUAUAUUUAAAUAGCUAUUGCAAGUUGCUCUAGCAUUUCUGCAUUGCAAUAGGGUUAUUCCUGGAGAAUUAUUAUAAGAAUGCAUGCAUUGAUAAUAAUUAAUAUUAAAUUAAUGAUAAUUUGAAGUUACUUUCAGUAGGCUUAGAGUGCUACAUAUGGAUUAAUAGUAAAUUAAUAAUAUCAUUGGUACUUAUAGAAAUAGUGAAACUAUAAUUAUGUAUAAUGAUUAGGUUAUUGGCUAUUCAUUAAUCAGUGAUCUACUAUUGCUUUGUUAUAAGUCAACUUGGAGAUGAAACAUUGCAAGUGAAUAGACUACAGACAGAAAACAAGAACUUUAUAGAGUGAUCAUUGAACACUAACUGCAGAAAUGAUGCAAACACAGGGAGGACUGAAAAUACUAAUAUGACAAUAAGUGACCACAUACGUUUUAUUACUCACAGAGGACAUGGAAAUACAAAUUGAAGAUAAGAAUUGAAGACAGAGAUUAGUGUGAAUUAUUGAUACAUAUAGAACUAUUAAUGCUACCAACGACUGGUAGUUAUGAACUUCUUUACGUUAUCUUCAGUGAUUUUCAACAUGUAUUUUAUUAAUUAAGAAUACUACAGUUGGAAACUGGUAUUAAUUUAAAAUAAAUCUAUAAGUAUAGUUAAAGUAUUGGAAUACUAAUCUGUACAGACUAAUUGCAUAUUAAUAAUUUUAGUAGCAUUGAAAUUAUGUAUUAUAAAUAUAGUAAUUUAUAUUAUUAAUGUAAGUAGUUGGAAUUUUAAUAUUUAACCAGAAAUAAUAACUAUUUUUAAGAGAGUGUUCAUUCACAACUUUACGUUAAAAUAUAAGAUUGUUAAAUAUAUAUGUUGAACAUGUAUGUUAACAUAUCUUUUGAAUAUAUUCAGUUACAAACAUUGUAAAUAUUAUUAAUAUUGGUUCUACUAUUAUCUCAUAACGUAUUAUAUAUAUUACAUAUAUAUAUUGAAAUAUUAUAUACCAAUAUCUAACUUGAACUGUAUAGCUUAUGUUAUAACAAAUAAUAUAUAAAUUAAUACUGUAUUAUACAUUUUAUAUUGUAAUAUUAAUUAAACUUAUUGUAUAGUUUUUCCUGAUAAUGCCACAGCGGGGUCAGGAUAUAUGUAUAUUACAUGUAAAAAUAAAAUGAUUGAUUG